CGCAGGAGACGAAGAGGCUGCGGGUGGGAAAGAUUCACACUUCUCCAAGGCGCGGGGGUGGGGGCUCUUCCCGUGCAAAGGGAGGCGGAGGAGGGAGAGACCCGCGACCGGCUCUCCUGCGGGUUCAAUCCGGGCAGAAUAACCUGCUGUGGUCUGCCCUGCAAAAACAGAAACCAUCCUAUUAAUGAAAAGCGAUUGGAGAUCCAGAAGAUUCCUGGUACCCAUUUGGUGUUGCCUUGCAGACCAGAGACAGAAUGGAGAAACCACUUUUAGCAAGUGAAGCCACUCCAAAAGGCCCUUGUGCUCUUCGGCCUGAGAGCUGUGGCGAGGUCCGGGCAAGAGCUGGGCAGAAGAUCCUGGAGGAGGAAACCAUCCUCCCUUCGGAAGCUCAGCCUUGCAACUUCAGGAGCCUCCAAUACCAGGAGGCUGAGGGUCCCCGAGAACUUUGCAGCCGACUCCACAACUUUUGUAGGCGAUGGCUGAGACCAGAAAAGCACACCAAAGCCCAGAUGCUGGACCUGGUGGUUCUGGAGCAGCUCCUGGCCAUCCUGCCCCCAGAGAUGGAGAGCUGGGUGCAGGAGUGUGGAGCAGAGACCAGCUCCCAGGCGGUGGCUCUGGCGGAAGGCUUCCUCCUGAGCCAGGCAGAGGACCAGAAGGAGCGGGUCCAGUCUGAGUCCUUCACUGUGGAGAUUAGAGAUCCUGAAGGAAGGAGGAAUCCAUCAAAUCCCCCUGAGGAUCUGUUUUUCAGGAGGCUACUUCAGGAAGAGUCAAGUCAGGACACCUUGGAAGAGAAACAUAGAAUGAAGUUUUCUGGUUUUUCUGCUGGAGCUGAAACCGUGGUUGAACCUCCUAAUCAAGUAAAGGAGGGCCUUGUGACCUUCGAGGAGGUGGCUGUGCAUUUCUCUGAGGAACAGUUGUCUCAGCUGGAUCCUGAUCAAAAAACACUCUAUUGGGAAGUCAUGCUGGAAAAUCAAAGGAACGUGGCCUCUUUGGGUAAUAAUGCGCAGGAGAAUCAAGAUUCCUGUGAACUGUUCCAACUGAUCAAUACUGGAGAUGGAAUGGAGAAAUCAGCAAUUCGAAAGGAAGUAGAAAGACAUGAAAGAAACCCAUUAAAAAACUGGAAUCAAGAAAGCUCAUCUUCCAUUGAUGAUUUGAUGCAAGACUUUCUUGCCCAAGAAGGGGGGAAAAAGAAAUAUAUUAGGAAAAGUGUGAAACUAAUCAAAGCUAAAUUGCAUGUAAAUGAACACUAUCCAAUCCAAAGCAAACAAGAUGCUAUAAGCAGACACAAUGGAAAAAAUUGCACUGGGACUUACACUCUUUCUCUUGGAAAUAGGUCCCUUAUAUCUCAAAAAGGGAUCCAAAUAGAAGAGAAACCUAAUGAAUGUGUGGAUUGUGGGAAAAGAUUCAGAACAAGCAGUCAACUUAAUUUCCAUAAAAUGAUCCACACAGGACAGGAGCCAUUUAAAUGCAUGAAAAGUGGAAAGGGCUUUAAGUUGAAUGGUGAUCUUCUUUACCAUAAAAAGAUACACAAAGGGGAGAAACCACAUAAAUGCAUGGAGUGUGGAAAGACUUUUACUCACAGGAGUAAACUUGUGAUCCAUAAAAGGAUCCAUACAGGGGAGAAGCCCUAUAAAUGCAUGGAGUGUGGGAAGGCCUUUAUUGAGAAGGGUAAACUUACAGUCCAUAAAAGGAUCCACACAGGGGAGAAGCCUUAUAAAUGCAUGGAGUGUGGAAAGAACUUUGCUCGGAGCAGUCAACUUACUUCCCAUAAAAGGAUCCACACAGGAGAGAAACCGUAUAUGUUAAUGGAAGGUGGGAAAGCCUUUCCUUAUAGGAGUAAACUUUUGAUCCAUAAAAGGUUCCACACAGGGGAGAAGUCAUAUAAAUGCAUGGAGUGUGGAAAGACCUUUUAUACGCAAAGUCAAUUUACUAAACAUAUUAGGAACCACACAGAGAAGCCACAGAAUUGCAAGGAGGUUGAAAAGCAGCCCAGUACAAAAUGUUCCCUUAUUCUCCAUGAAAUGAUCAAUAUAAGGCAGAAGGCAUUUAAUUGUGUGCAAUGUGGAAAGGGCUUUCGAAGGAAUUUUGAACUUACCAUCCAUAAAAGGAUCCACACAGGGGAGAAGCCCUAUAAAUGCAUGGAGUGUGGAAAGACCUUUGCUCAGUCUGGUGGUCUUAUUUCCCAUAGAAGGAUCCACACAGGGGAGAAGCCCUAUAAAUGCAUGGAGUGUGGAAAGGGAUUCAGCCAACAGAGCCAUCUUACUUCCCAUAAAUGGAUCCACACAGGGGAGAAGCCCUAUAAAUGCAUGGAGUGUGGAAAGAACUUUGCUCAAAACUACAGACUUACAUACCAUAAAAGGAUCCACACAGGAGAGAAACCGUAUACAUGCAUGGAAUGUGGGAAGGCCUUUAUUUACAGGAGUAAACUUUUGAUCCAUAAAAGGAUCCACACAGGGGAGGAACCACAUAAAUGCACGGAGUGUGAAAAGACCUUUUCUGAUAGGAGUAAACUUGUGAUCCAUAAAAGGAUCCAUACCGGGGAGAAGCCCUAUAAAUGCGUGGAGUGUGGGAAGGCCUUUAUUGAGAAGAGUAAACUUACCAUCCAUAAAAGGAUCCAUACAGGGGAGAAGCCAUAUAAAUGCAUGGAGUGUGGAAAGAACUUUGCACGGAGCAGUCAACUUACUUCCCAUAAAAAGAUCCACACAGGAGGGAAACCGUAUACAUGCAUGGAAUGUGGGAUGGCCUUUCCUUACAGGAGUAAACUUUUGAUCCAUAAAAGGAUCCACACAGGGGAGGAACCACAUAAAUGCAUAGAGUGUGGAAAGAACUUUGCUUAUAGAAGUGAACUUAUUAGACAUAAUAGGAUCCACACAGGGGAGAAGCCCUAUAAGUGAAUGGAGUGUGGAAAGAACUUUGCUCAGUGUUACCUAUUGAAAUGAGUCAUUGAAACUAGUUGCUGAAGUUCUCACUCAGGUCUGUUAUUGAAGAUACUUUAAUCUGAUUGGUUGACCCGCUGACAGACUCCUAUAAAAAGGAGCUCUGUAACCAGGCAGUUGUUGUUUGUAUGAACUAAAUAAAAGAGCUUUGCUCAAAUCACUCUGGCCUUGCUUCUAUUUUCACCCAGAACUUAACACUGGCAAUGAAGGUGGGAAUCGAAUGGAAAUUUAAGGCUGACAAAAAGAGCUGAUCAUGGACCCACUCAGAGCUAAGCACCGGAGGUGAUCUGCCGUUCGCUGCAGCACCAUUCAUCAACCAUAAACGCAUCGCCCAAUUGCCUGGGCUAACAUCGGUCUACCAGAAUGGCUGCACUACCACCAUUUAGCCACUACAACUUAGCCUCUGAAACACGGGACUCAUACAUCAUUCGCUUUGAGUGUUUCCUCAAAGCCAAUGAACUUAACGGAACCUCAGGCAACAGAAAAAGGGCAUUGUUUCUAAGCUGCUGCAACCCAGACAUUUUUGAAAUGGCCAGGGGUCUCCUCGUUCCAGUGGCUGUCCAGACAGUACCAUGGGACACACUGCCCAAACCAUGCAAAUUGCUCACCGACAUGCUUUCCAACAUUGCAAUCAGGCAGAGGGCAAAUUGAUCAACCAGUACGUUGCUGCCCUUCGAAAAGCAGUAUUGUAUUGCAAGUUCAGAGACUUACAGCCUCUACUCGCAAAACCAUACUUCAACUUCCAUAUGGCUCUCGACGAGGCACAAGCCGCCAAAACAUCAAAUCAAUCAACAGCUGAUCCAGAAAUCGAUUAGUCCACCCUCAUUGCACAAAACAAUUGCUGUGCACCAUGACAAUGUGGAUCACGGAGAGUCAAGUGAGGAUUAUGGGGAUGUCUGUUGACUCAAAAUCAUCAAAGAAACAAGGUACAGCAACGGAGAAGAAACAAAAAGCAUGUGUGGGUUGUGGCGGCAACCAUCUGAGAGCGGUGUGUAAAUUUAAGAACGCCAUCUGCGACAAAAAGGAACAUUUAGCUAAAGUUUGUCGUGUUAGUCAGCCUACAAGCCAAACGGGUCCCAGAAGAGCACAAUACAAACAACAAAAUCAUGGAAAAGAAUGCUUCACUGUCUCCAAAGGCACCUGCUGGGCAGAAACAGAUUUUGGGCAAACUAGUCUCGCUUAUUCAAAAAAAAUCUAUGUCAGUGUCGUGAUCAAGGGGUCCCCUUGUCACAUGGAAGUAGAUACUGGGUUGUCCAUAACCAUUAAAAAGCUGGUACUGAGACUUUCCAAUCGAGUGAUAGUUCCGUAGAAGCUGUGGCAACCAGUCCUGGAAACCUUGCAUGUAGGCCACCCAGGCAUCGUAAGAAUGAAGGCACUUAUCUGCAGUUACGUUUGGUGGCCCAAACUGGACAAAGCCAUCGUGGAAUAGGUUGCCUCGUACCAACCGUGCCAAGAGUUGAGACCAGCACCCACCUCCACUAUAGCAUGCGAGUGGGAAAUGCCCAAAACACUCUGGUCAAGAGUCCACAUCGAUUUUGUGGGGCCAUUCCAAGACCAGACAUUCAUGGUGGUCAUUGAAUCAUACUCCAGAUGGCUGGAGAUGGUACUAAUGCCAUCAACCAUCUCAGACGCCAUCAUCUACAGAAACUGUUUGCAACCCACGGAUUACCAGUGUCAGACAACGGGCCACAGCUCACAUCUAACCAUUUCGAACUGUUCCAUGGCAGGCCAUGGCCUCCGUCAUGCCUUGGUUGCACCUUCCAUCCUGCUAGCAAUGGGCAGGCAGAGAGAAUGGUGCAGUCAGCAAAAGAGGCGCUGGUACGAAUGGGCCCAGGGGACUGGCAGAGAGGAGUAUCAAAAUACCUGCUAACCCAGUAUGUCACACCCAGUGCCACAACUAAUCAGAGUCCAGCUGAACUUCUAAUGGGUCGCCACCUAAAAACUGAUCUGGACCGACUACAUCCAGACUAUUCUGCUGAGACACCCACUGACUUGACCAGCAAGAUCCAGUCAUUUGCUAUGGGGGACCUUGUAUAUGCACACAACUAUGCAGGGGUGUCCUCUGGAUUCCUGCCUGGAUUAUAGCCAUCACUGGACUGUGCUUCUACCGAGUAGAACUGGAGGAUGGCUGUGUAUGGCACCGCCACAUCAACCAACUGCACCUCUGCUUGGCUGCUUGGGCACCUCUGUUGGCUGCCAACUGGAAUGGAUUCAGCCAGAAACAAACCCAAGCACAGACUCUGAAGCUCUGCCACGAAUAGAGAAAGAAACCCAGCAAGAAGAUUGCAAAAUACAGGUACCUGUCAAACUGGGGGACAGUCAGGGCAAAGUUCCUGUAGAACUGGUUCCCAUCACGACCGAGCCUCCAAGGUUGCCGAGGGUGGAUCCUGUAACAGCAGCUGCUGCGCCACCUACUCCAAACGACGGACUAACUGAACUGGACAGGUUGGGAUGGCUGCCCUGUUGCCUCACCUAUCUAUGUGACUUCGAAUGUUAAAAUGCAUAAAAUUUUAAUAGAUAAUGUUCUGUCUUGGUGGGGAGUGGUGUUUUGUAUUGAAAUGAGUCAUUGAAACUAGUUGCUGAAGUUCUCACUCAGGUCUGCUAUUGAAGCAGGAAAAUAUACUUUAAUCUGAUUGGUUGACUGGCUAUAAAAGGAGCUCUGUCAGCCAGGCAGUUAUUGUAGUUCGCAUGAACUGAAUAAAAAGAGCUUUGCUGAAAUCACUCUGGACUCGCUUCCAUUCUCACCCAGAACUUAACACUCAGAGCAACAGUCUUACUCCCCAUGGAAGGAUCCACACUGGGGAGAAACCAUAUAAAUGCAUGGAGUGUGGAAAGACCUUUGCUCACAGGAAUAAACUUGUGAUCCAUAAAAGGAUCCACACAGGAGAGAAGCCAUAUAAAUGCAUGGAUUGUGGAAAGAAUUUUUCUUGGAGCAGUCAUCUUAAUUCCCAUAAAAGGAUCUAUACAGGGGAGAGAAGCCAUAUGAAUGCAUGGAGUAUGGGAAGGCCUUUGUUGAGAAGAGUGAAUUUACAAUCCAUAAAC